AUGGGCCGUCCAGAUAUCUUUUACGAGCCUCCCAAAGGGCAAAAGUCAGGGCUCCCUCACGACCCCUUCAAAAGCUUCGUGGUCCCACGUCCUAUUGGUUGGAUAAGCACCACCAGUAAAAAUGGUCAAGACAAUCUGGCUCCAUUUAGUCAAUUCAAUAACGUAUCUUUUGAUCCCCCAACUAUCCUUUUCAUCGGGCAUCAAUCUGUGUACAAACGUGACAGCAAGGACUCUGUCAACAAUGCUAAAGAUACCGGCGAAUUUGUCUGGAAUAUGGCAACGAACGACCUCAGAGAAAGCGUCAACGCGUCCUCCCUGGAGUCAUGGGACGACGAGUUCCCCAUCUCUGGAGUCACCAAAGCCCCAAGUCGCGUUGUGAAGCCUCCCAGAGUUGCCGAGUCACCUGUACAAUUUGAGUGCAAAGUUCAUUCCAUUGUCCGGAUCGCCGGGGAUUCUCUUGUAGGAAAUUCUGAUAUUGUCAUUGGUCGAGUUGUUGCCAUCCAUGUAAAAGGAGAGUAUAUUACGUCUGAUGGGCUUUUUGAUAUUGUGAAAGCGGCACCCCUUGCCCGUCUCGGCUACCGUCAGUACACGUCUAUCACGCAUACUUUCGACAUGGAAAUGCCGUUCAUGCCUGAUGAUCACGUUAGUGGUGGAGUUCUUUCGGGCACAACUGGGGAAAUUAGGCCUAUGAGGAACGUAGAUGGGGAGGAGGAGGAACCCUCAGAAGUUGCACAUGGACAAGAAGGCCAUUGA